GACCGUCCAAUUGGCUCGUCCCAGUCGAUGAUGCAGCCUCCGCAACACCUCGACCACUCCCUCUUGAAGCAGAACCCCGCCCACCAGCCCCUCAAGUCCUACAUGGACAACUACAUGCCCCAGAAUGCAUCUGAGCUGCAGAAGGAGCCCAACCACAUGGGCUCCUUUACCAACUUCCCUUUAGGCUUGAACUCUAACCUGAAUGUCGGCCUUGACACGGGGUCUGGUGUUAAGGAGCCUCAGUCUCGCCUGAAGAAGUGGACGGCCUUGGACGUGUCCGUUAACUCCCCUCUGGAGCACAAGCCUGGUGCCAUGUCAUCUGGGCUGCGUCUGGAGGAUUCUCCCUUCGGUCGCUAUGACUUCCUGUCUGCUGGCUCCGCCCCCCUAAGCUCUCCCGGCCAAUCAAUGGGUUCGGUGGGCGACAGCUGGCCCCCUCGUGCCAAAUCCCCCCAUGGAAACACCAAUGUUACCUGGCCCCCAGAGUUCCGGCCCGGGGAGCCAUGGAAAGGUUACCCCAACAUCGACCCUGAGACUGACCCUUUCGUGACCCCUGGUAGUGUCAUCAACAACCUCUCCAUCAACACCGUCCGCCACAUAGACCACCUCAGAGACCUGACAGGCCCAUCCUCAUCUCUGAACACCACAAUGCCUUCUAACAGUGCCUGGUCAUCUAGUCGUGCCUCCAGCCACAGUGGUUCACUCACCAGUACAACACAAAGCACUACGGUCAGGUCCGGAGAGUCUAAAUGGUCUCCAGGAGGGUGUAACUCAUCUCUGGCCCAUGAGCUGUGGAAGGUCCCUCUGGCUCCUAAAGGUCUUUCAGCCCCUUCCCGCCCCCCUCCCGGCCUCACCAGCCACCCUCAGAAACCCCCUCCACCCUGGGGGGAAGCUCCUCUCCGCUUGGGGGGCUGGGGGCACUCUGACUCCAGAUACACACCUGGUUGUAGUUGGAGUGACGGUAGCAGUAGCUCAGGGAGAACCAACUGGCUCGUUCUCAAGAAUCUCACAACUCAGAUGGAUGGUUCUACUCUGAGGACUCUCUGUAUGCAACAUGGUCCUCUGAUUACAUUCCACCUCAACCUGCCACACGGCAAUGCUGUCGUAUGUUACAGCUCCAAGGACGAGGCAGCCAAGGCACAGAAGAGUCUGCACAUGUGCGUACUAGGGAACACUACCAUUCUGGCUGAGUUUGCCAGUGAGGAGGAAAUCAACCGUUUCUUUGCACAAGGUCAGUCAUUGGCCGCUGCCUCCCCGGGCUGGCAGGCCAUUGGCUCCUCUCAGAGCCGAAUGGGCGGAGCCUUGGAGGGUUCCCACCCCUUCCCCAGCCGCGCCCCGGAGCCCAGUCAAUGGAACGUCAGUGACCUCCAUAGCUCCUCCCUUUGGGGCGGGUUGAACUAUUCCACUAGCCUAUGGGGCGAGGGCGGGAGGAUCAACAGCCCUUCUCCAAUCAGCUCCUUCCUCCCCGUGGAUCACCUGACAGGGGGCGGGGACUCCAUGUAAAGCCCGUGGACAGCGUUGCGACAGACUGAGUCGUCUAGAACCGUUAUUAGUCUCAAACACAAAGAAAAAAAGUCCAAGACCAAAAAACAAAAUGGCUCCUUCUCACUUACAAAUAUACAGGAAGGGGGUCACCAUGUGAAAAAUACGUACAGGAAGUAGGGGGGGGGUCACCCUGUGGAAAAUACAUACAGGAAGUA